AUGUUGAAUCAAAGACAUGCCAUAAACGCCGUGAAGUGUCACCAAAUAGCGAUCGUCAAUGACUUAGUGGUGGACUAUAUAUUGGAUCAUUUGGUCGUAACCGAAGUCUUCACCGAAAGGGAGAGACAAUUCAUACUAAGAAGAGGCGAAGCGUUGGGCGAUGUGUCGGACGUGUCGGUCAGGGAUCGCAUUCUUCGCCUACAAAACGAAACGUUUGUCGAUAUGCUGUUGAAGAAGAUGGAGACCAUUGACCAUACAUUUACUUCAUUCACGUAUAUAUUGUUUAAAGACGAUAACUAUCCGUGGAUUGCGAAGAGAUUGUUGUCAUUGAGAGAUGAAGAGAGACGGAUGGAGGAUAUGAACAAUUGCUUGCAUGACAUGGAUAUUAAUGGUUUUAAUAUAAAAGAGAAUUAUAAAUUGGAUAUCGACGACAAGAAACUGAUCAUUAAAAACAUCAUAAUUAUCGGAGACAUAGAAGAAAGUCAAAUGGCAAACAGGGAGACGAAACUCGAGAUAUUUAUGGCAUCUAUUAAUUGGACGGAAGAGCUGUUGAUUGAAUUGAUAAUCGAGAGAAGUAAUCGCCCGAAAGACCUUUGCAUCGAUUUCUUAAUGUGUAACGGAAUACAAGAAUUGAAUGAAUUCCGACUUAAACGACAGAAAUAUCAUCAAAUUGUGGUCAAACUCCAAGAGUUGGGCGAAGACCUCACAGAUUUGAAGGAAGAUUUUGUUAUCGAAACCAUUUUAAACGGUUAUAAGAGAUCAUUGAUUGAAUUGAAAACACAACAUAUGAAUCGACCCAUUCGUGGAGCCGUCGUCGCGAAAGCCCCACAAAGAAAUGGAGUGAUCGGACGGAUUGCGCACUUGGCAUAUGUCGAGGACCACCAAAUGGCGGCAUAUAUUUCGUGGUUCCUUCGCUAUCACAUGACUUGUAUCGUCACUAAGACUACAGAAUCGGCAGAAACUCUAACCGACACUUUGUGUGUCAUUAAACAGACGCUUCCAUUGGAUUCUAUUCCAGAACACGGCUUACAUUCACCACAACUUCCAUCAAAUCCAUCCAUUUCUGUAGUAUUUGCCAAAAAU